GAGGUCGCGUCCCUGCGUUUUGUACGUGCCCAUACGUCAAUUCCAGUUCCGAGAGUGUUCGGUACCAUCCACUUCUGGGGGAAGAGUUACGCGUUCAUGCAGAGGCUUCCUGGCCAGGACAUUCUUCAGGCGCGCUGGAAUCGAUUCACCGAUACAGAAAAGCAUAAUAUACAUACCCAACUCCGUGGCUUUGUGGAAGAACUCAGAGCCAUUCCUUCCCCCCGAAGCCCUGCUAUAUGCUCUGUUCUCGGGGGACCCGUCAUGGACUACAGGAUCUGCACAGAUGGGCCUUAUGGUCCCUAUGCAGACGAGGCAGUAAUGAACUUGCAGCUCCGUCUCGGCAUCCCGUUCGGCGAUGUUCGACGUGUCUUUCAUAGCGAACCACAACGCGCCGAGGAGAUCAUCGAAUCGCAUUCCCGCAGACAUCCGCUCGUUUUCACGCACAGUGAUCUAGCCCAGCACAAUAUCAUGGUCGACAACGGCAAAGUGACCGGUAUCGUGGACUGGGAGUGCUCAGGGUGGUAUCCCGCCCAUUGGGAAUAC